AUGGCGCGGGGCCCCGAGGCCGCGGUGCAGGUGUGGGUGGACGGGCAGCUGUUCCACGCCGAGCGCGCGCUGCUGGAGGAGCACUGUGGCUUCUUCCGCGGCCUGUUCCGCUCGGGCAUGCGGGAGGCGCGCUCGGCCGAGGUGCGCCUGGGCGCGCUGAGCGCCGCGGGCUUCGGCACGGCGCUGCGGGUGCUGCGGGGCGAGCGGCCGGCGCUGGCCGCGGCCGACGAGCUGCUGCAGGCCGUGGAGUGCGCCGCCUUCCUGCAGGCGCCCGCGCUGGCGCGCUUCCUCGAGCACAGCCUCACGUCGGACAACUGCGCGCUGCUCUGCGACGCGGCCGCCGCCUUCGGGCUGCCCGACGUGCUGCGCAGCGCCGCGCUCUUCAUCCGCGACGGCGCGGGCGAGCUGGCGGCCGGGCUGGCGCUGCCCGAGGCCCGCGCCUACGUGGCGGCGCAGCGGCCCAGCAGCUACGUGGCCGUGAGCACGCACACGCCCGCGCCCGGCUUCCUGGAGGACGCGUCGCGCACGCUGUGCUACCUGGACGAGGAGGAGGACGCGUGGCGCACGCUGGCCGCGCUGCCCCUGGAGGCCAGCACGCUGCUGGCGGGCGUGGCCACGCUGGGCAACAAGCUCUACAUCGUGGGCGGCGUGCGGGGCCCCAGCAAGGAGGUGGUGGCGGCCAGCUUCUGCUACGACCCCGACGGUGGCACUUGGCGCCAGUUCGCCGGCCCGCACCAGCCGCGCUACGACACGGCGCUGGCGGGCUUCGACGGCCUCCUGUACGCCGUGGGCGGGGAGUUCCAGCGCACGCCCAUGAGCUCGGUGGAGCGCUACGACCCGGCCGCGGGCUGCUGGAGCUUCGUGGCCGACCUGCCGCAGCCGGCGGCCGGCGUGCCCUGCGCCCAGGCCCGCGGCCGCCUCUUCGCGUGCCUCUGGCGGCCCGCCGACACCACGGCCGUGGUGGAGUACGCGGCGGGCGCCGACGCGUGGCUGCCGGUGGCCGAGCUGCGGCGGCCGCAGAGCUACGGCCACUGCAUGGUGGCGCACCGCGACAGCCUCUACGUGGUGCGCAACGGGCCGUCGGACGACUUCCUGCACUGCGCCAUCGACUGCCUCAACCUGGCCACGGGCCAGUGGACGGCGCUGCCCGGCCAGUUCGUCAACAGCAAGGGCGCGCUUUUCACGGCCGUGGUGCGCGCAGACCACGUCUACACGGUCAACCGCAUGUCCACGCUGCUCUACGCCAUCGAGGCCGGCACGUGGCGGCUGCUCCGGGAGAAGGCCGGCUUCCCGCGGCCCGGCUCCCUGCAGACCUUCCUCCUGAGGCUGCCUCCCGGCGCCCCCGGGCCCGUGGCUUCCAGCACGCCCGAACUGUGA